GGUUUCAUCCUGAACAUUGCAUGCCUGAGGCUCCAUAUCGAGACGGAAGAAACGAUCGGAGCACGUUCCUCCAGCGUGUGGUGCACGCAGCCUCUCUGUGCGGGGUAUACAGUAUCGUUCGUUCUCAGCUCACCGGAGAACCUUUCCGGGUUGUCACAGAUUACCGUCUGGUUCCGUUCCAUACCGCCGCUGGCCACUGUUGGCAGCGCGAAACCGCCUGUAACCGUAUGUCAGAUACCAAACACCCAGACCUCGAAUAACCGUUUUUCCUAUUCCAGCUUCACCGGACCAGCGUUCUGCCAGAAUCCAGCAAGUCGGGUUCCUUCCGUCCGUCCAGAUUACCUUGGGUAA